AUCACUUCCUGUGACGGAGCUACGUCACUUCCACUUAAGAUCGGCGUCUGGUCAGUGGGCACCCACGCGGUUUCAACAUGCGUAUUGAGAAGUGUUAUUUCUGUUCGGGCCCUAUCUACCCCGGCCACGGCAUGAUGUUUGUCCGCAACGAUUGCAAGGUAUUCAGAUUCUGUAAAUCCAAGUGUCAUAAAAACUUUAAAAAGAAGCGGAAUCCUCGCAAGGUCAGGUGGACUAAAGCAUUCCGUAAAGCAGCUGGUAAAGAGCUUACAGUGGAUAAUUCAUUUGAAUUUGAAAAACGUAGAAAUGAACCUGUCAAAUACCAGCGAGAGUUAUGGAAUAAAACUAUUGAUGCAAUGAAGAGAGUUGAAGAGAUCAAACAGAAGCGCCAAGCUAAAUUUAUAAUGAACAGAUUAAAGAAAAAUAAAGAAUUACAGAAAGUUCAGGACAUCAAAGAAGUCAAGCAAAACAUUCAUCUUAUCCGGGCCCCUCUUGCAGGCAAAGGAAAGCAGCUGGAAGAAAAAAUGGUGCAGAAAUUACAACAGGAUGUGGACAUGGAAGAUAUUUCUUAAAAAUCUCACUAACUUUCUAUAAGUGUAUUUGAAAAUCUCCUUAGGAGACUAAGAACUUCUGAAUUAUCAAUUUAUAUCUUAAGUAAGGUCACUCAAAUGAAAGGUAAUUAAAAAUGCAUCUCUCCUACAUUGCUGUCUGUAAAACAUCAGAUAUUAUGGAUGUUAGAUUGCAUCUCCAUUGUUAAAUCUUCACUGAGAGUUUACAUUUACGUAAGUUGUGCAAAUUCUCUUUGUAAAUACAGAGUGAAGUGUGGACAUAAACAAUGGUCCUGCCAUUUGGAUAGUGGCACUAGGCAGAUUGAUGUGUGAACUAAUGACAAAAAUUCAUGGCUAGCAAUAUGUACAAUAAAUUUUCUUUGCAGUAAAAUAUUCCCUGUAUUAAUAAUACAGAAAGGGGGCUUACAACAAGGAACUAAAUCUGUAUGAUAAUUAGUUGCAAGUAAUCUUUUAAUUUGUUUUGGUUUCUUAGCAUCUUUGAAGAGCAUAUUGGCCUCACAUAUUGAAACCUAAUUAUGUUAUACUGUUUUCACCUACUUUAACUGUUUUGAUAGGCAGCUUUUAAUGUUGGGGAUGAUAGCUGAAUAGUGUGCUCCUGAAAUGGCACCAUAUACUUUAUACUUUGGAGAAUACUUAACUCUGAGAUUCCUGAUAGAACCAGAUAUAUUUUUCCAGCAUAGCAAUGAUUUAGAAGCAAAGGAAUUGCAGUGCCUUUUAAAAUAGGUUGUGUGGUUUUCUUUUAUGAAGCUCCUAAUUGUUUUUGGAUAAUAAAAUUUAUGGUUUUAGCAUCACAGAUUAUUUGCACAUAAGAUCCUGUUUUUCUAAAGUAAGUACAAGUUUUUUGUUUAAAAGGUACUAAAAAAAAGUAUUAAUUAGUGGGAAGAAAAUAACCCCCUCCCUCCCACAUACUACUGAAGCAGGAGAUACAUUUUUAAUUAAAAAUAUGUACUGAAUGUUUAAUGUUUUUAUAUUUCUACAUUAUUUGCAACUUUAAGGAUAGUAAGUAACUCAGUUUUUAUAUUUUUUGAGGACAGAACUUAGAAUAAAUUAUAAUCUUAGGGUUAUAAAAUUAUAAAGAAAUGACUAAAUUUUUAUUUCAGUAUUAGUGAAAAAGUGAUCACUGGACCAGGUGUUAGAAGACCUGAAUUCCAGUGUCGCUUUUGCCUUUGUGUUAUUUGUAAAAUAUAGCUCAUUUGUAAACAACUUUAUUGAUAAAACAAUUAGGGGAAAUGAUAUAUGAAACCAAAGACAUUUGUUAAAUUACUUGAAGUUUUCACUCCAUAGAUUUAUGUUUGCUUUAAUAGAGACAUGUUUAAGAUUACCUACUGCUAGCAGAUUUCCUACCUUGUUAGUUAGCAAGCUAUUGCCUUGAGACCAUCAAUUUGGGAAAUUGAGCUAAAAGGAAGAACUGACAUUGCAUCUCAGGUUUGACAUCCUGACAGUUCUCUUAAAUGUCAGGAAUUGAUAGUAUUUUGAGACCCCCCCCCCCCCCCCAGAUAUCAUCAUAAACUAUAUGGAUGCAGAUGCCACAGUGUCACCCCUGCAGCUCUCUAAACUUGGUUGGAUCACUGACUUGUCCCUUUAAAAUGUUGCCUGAGAAGGGGCAUGGUACAAUGGUAUUGUUUCUAUUUGUCUGAUUGAGACCUCUGCUGGGCAGUUAGUGUAACACAAAAGCAUAAAAAUUUCCAGGCACUUGAUACACAGAACUUUUAUAUUCUCUCGUUGCUCUAGGGUAAUAAAGCACUGGAAGUCAUAGAAAAGAAGUUCCUUAUACAUUUGCCUUUCAAAACCCUGUAGGGUAGCAGAAAAAAACAUUAAGAGGCACUUGGCUGGUUAAGUCAAUACAGCAUGCAACUCAUGAUGUCGGGGUUGUGAGUUCUGCCCCACCUUGGGUGUAGAGUAUACUUAAAGAAAACUUACUAAAUCUUGUUUCUUAAAAAUAGAAAACCUUGAAAGAUGUUAUCUUGUAGAAAGAAGUUCCAUAAGGACUCGCCCAUUUCCUAACAUCCUGUGAAGUAGUACUCUCUUUUUAUGGAUGCCAACAUUUUUAGGUAACUUGCCUUUUUAUCACACAGAAGAUGGAGGAGGUAGCAAUUUGUAUUCAUCCAAGUGCCUGUGUCUAGAAGGGAUUUAUCCAGAGCCUUAGAUCCGGUCUUCACAAGUCCCGCUGAUGACUGUAAGAGAGGAGUGUAAGUUACUUGAGUUUUCUCAGCUUGACUGUGCCUUGAUUCCUUCAUUGGAAAAAUGGAAAUGAUAAUAUGGCUAACCUCAGGAUUGUUUAUGAGAAUCCAAUUAGGUAAUACAUGAAAAUCAUCAUAUCAAGGCCACUACCAUAGUGGCUGGUGUUAAAAUGUUAGCUGUUAGGAUUGGCUAUGUGACCACACAAAACUCACAGCCGUGGGCUUUGCCUCGGGACAAAGGUGGAGGAUAAUAGUGUUUGGGGAUAGAUAUGGCUAAAUUGAAUUGUAGACUGCACUGCAGACAGGGUUGCAUAGGGUUUAAAAUGUUAGUUUUAGCUUUUAAUGUCACUUAGAAAAUUCACUUAUUAAGAGGACCUUACUUCCCAUUUUCUGUUAUGAAGAUUGGGAGGGGCAAUACAUUUCCUCCUUGUCAGUAGUAGUUUAAACAGUGAAUUGUCAUCCAUAAUUCUAAGGGCUAAUUUAUAUAGAACUUAUUUUUCCCUUUGUCCCUUAGCUUACACUUUAAAUUUAAAAGAUUAAAAAAAGACAUCACACUCUAAUUACAAAGAUUUAUAGUGUAAAUUCUAAUAUUGAAUGAAGACUACUACCUUGUAAAAAUUAACACUGUAGCCUGCUGAAUUAAAAGUGUUGGUAAGGGGGAAAAUUGGUAUCAAAAAAGAGAGACCCAAUUUCAAAGUCUGUAGGAAGAAUUGUCCAAAAAUCAAGUCUUUUAUUUAUAUGUAAAAAAUCGAAAAGGUAACUCAGAAAUUUUGCCCUGCAUGUCUUUAUAUUGAAUAUCAAUUAGCCUCAUGUUGAUUUGAAUCAUUUGUGUCUGUUGAUGAAUUUCUUUUUAAGGAAGUGACCUUUUUCUUAAGAAUGUAUUCUUAUGUUCUGAAUGUAAAAAUCUCUACCUUCUGGUGCCACUACUUGAGCCUCUGGUUUAAGCUGUUCUCCAAAAUUUUCCCUGGCUCUUAUAUCUUAAUUGAAGCCAUCAUGUGGGGAUUGAAGGUGAUAUUUCUGCCGCAUAACCUUCCCUAUGGUACCAGUUACUGGAUGUCAUUCUUCAACCUAUCAUUGAUUCUGUGGCUACCCUGUGAUCUUGCCAGUAGAUUCCUUUUUCAAUGAUUGUAAUAAAAAAUCUUGACUAAUA